AUAUAUAAAAACAUGUAAAAAAUUUUCACAAACAUAACUCAAUCUCUAUUGUAGUAGUUUUGACAAUUGAAAUGGGGAGAGAAGAAGAGGAUCACAUAAAGGUACCUCUAAUUACUAGCAUAAUCCAUGAAGAAAGAGAAGGAAAUAGUAGAGUGUUAGAUGAAAUAAAGAAACAAUUAUGGCUAGCAGGACCUCUCAUAUGUGUCUCCCUUCUUCAAUAUUCUCUCCAACUCAUUUCAAUUAUGUUUGUUGGUCAUCUUGGAGAAUUAGCUCUCUCUGGUGCUUCCAUGGCUACUGCAUUUGCUAGUGUCACUAGCUUUGAUUUAUUUCUGGGUAUGGCAAGUGCAUUGGAUACACUAUGUGGUCAAUCGUAUGGAGCGAAACAGUACCAUAUGUUAGGAAUAUACAUGCAAAGAGCAAUGGUUAUCCUUAUGUUCGUCAGCAUUCCUUUAGCCGUCAUAUGGUUUAACACCGGCUCAAUCCUUGUAGCCGUGGGUCAAGCCCCUGACAUAGCUGAAGAGGCCGGGUUAUAUGCCCAGUACAUGCUCCCUAGCCUCUUUGCCUAUGGCCUUCUCCAAUGUCUUGUAAGAUUCCUACAAACACAAAAUAUCGUGUUCCCAAUGAUGGUGAGUUCCGGGAUUGCCACUUUGAUUCACAUAUUUGUAUGUUGGAUUUUGGUGUUCAAAUCCGGGCUUGGAAGUAAAGGGGCUGCUCUGGCUAACGCAAUCUCGUAUUGGAAUAAUGUCAUUUUAUUAGCAUUGUAUGUUAAGUUUUCAUCUUCUUGUGCCAAAACAUGGACCGGGUUCUCCAGAGAAGCUUUUAAAGAUAUCAUUGCUUUUAUCAAGCUUGCUAUACCUUCUGCUGUUAUGGUAUGUUUGGAAAUGUGGUCAUUUGAGAUGAUUAUUCUGUUUUCUGGGCUACUUCCAAAUCCCAAGUUGGAGACCUCCGUGCUUUCUAUAUGUUUAAACACUGGUGGAGUUAUUUGGAUGAUCCCCUUUGGACUUAGUGGUGCUGUGAGUACACGGGUCUCCAACGAGUUGGGAGCUGGACAUCCACGCACAGCACGGUUAUCUGUCACUGUUGUGGUAGUUGUAGCUGUUAUUGUGGGAAUUGUAGUAGGUUCCGUUUUAAUAUUGAUUCGUAAUGUUUUGGGAUACGCAUUUAGCAAUGAGGUUGAAGUUGUGCACUAUGUCGCAACCAUGUUGCCAAUUAUCGCAGCAUCAAACUUCUUGGAUGGUCUCCAAUGUGUUCUUUCAGGUUCCGUACGAGGUUGUGGGUGGCAGGAGAUAGGCGCAUACAUUAACCUUGGGUCAUACUACCUUGUGGGCAUCCCUUUAGCCGUUUUACUAGCCUUUGUAUUACACAUUGGAGGGAAGGGAUUAUGGUUUGGGAUAAUAGGUGCAUUGAUCAUCCAAGUGGCCUCAUUGUUGACGAUUACUAUACGUACCAAUUGGGAUUCAGAAGCUAAGAAGGCCCACGAAAGGGUGUACGAGUUUGCAUUGCCAACAGACAUGGUGUCAUAAUGAUAAAUGCCUUCUAAUUCUGAAGGUGAUCAUUUCAGAAAGGAUUUCAGUUGUGUUGAGGAGCUAUUACCCAUAUGUAAUGUUGCCCGAGUUUACCCAAAAUUUUCGAUGAAAUACCAGUUAGCAUACAUGUAAUAAAUUUCUGUUUUGAUAAUUUUUUUAAUGAUAAAUGAUAUAUCAUACAACAAAAACUAAGACUUUUAUGCGUACUAUAAGUUUUUUACGAGAUUUUUAUGGGUGAAAUAAAAGUUGAAGAGAUUUGUUGGGUUUUUA